UAGAGAUUGGUUCUUACUUCUUACCUCCUCGGUUAAAGAUCACAUGACCCAAACUUAGGUGAGUUACAGGUUCGUCUAAUUGGCAAACAUUGACGCACGAUCUCCAACUCCAAUUGACAUAUGCUAUUGUAUAACUUACCUCAUCGGUUAGUUUGAUAUAGGGCCCUUUUUUUAGUUUCACACAGGGCCCUGGAUUUUGCCGGCCCGGCCCUGGUCACCGACGACCCCCUCUGGCUCCUGUCACUUGGUUCCAUCUACGGCAAUGCAGACACUGGCACCGCCACGCCUUCCGUCGACUCCUGCGCGACCAUGGCCCAUGCGCUGCCCGCGGCUUCGUCGCCUGCUGCCACGAACCUUGUGGCGCUGCCUGUUGCCGGUUCGGCCGCCUUCAUCGCUACCGGAGCCCAGAUUGGUUUCGUUGCACCAUCCACCUUCACUCUUCCGGCGAAACAAGCGCCGACUUCUCCUGCCGCGCUGUCCAUAAAACAGGACAUGCCGCCACGGGCAUCAGCGGCAGCGCACCCUUCAUCCCUGCGACCCGUCAACGGCACACCACCGCAGCCAGUUGCCGUCGGGGGCCCCUUGGCACCACCCAACGACGGCACAGACUCACCGGCGCACACCAACGGCGCCCCACCCGCGAUCCCGCCGUUCUCGUGGGCAACCAACCGCGCCGCGAUCCAUCAUCCAAUCGCAUACUUAUUCGAGCGCGGCAUCACGGCCGUGGAGGGGGACGUGAAGUGCCGGCGCUGCGACGUGCAGAAGACCGUCUCCUACAACAUCGCCAUCAAGUUCAGGGAGGUCCGCGUCUUCGUGUCCCGCAACAUCCACGACAUGGACGACCGCGCGCCGGCAGCGUGGAUGAGCCCCGUCGUGCCAGACUGCGACGGCUGCGGGCAGAAGAACAGCCUGCGUCCAGUGAUACCGAAGGAAAAGGAGAGUAUCAAUUGGGUGUUUCUGCUGCCGGGGCAGACGCUGGGGCUAUGCACGCUGGAGCAGCUCAAGUAUUUCUGCGCGCGCACGGGUCAACACCGCACCGGCGCCAAAGACAGGGUGCUCUACUCCACCUACAUGGAGCUUUGUAGCCAGCUCUGCCCUGACAGGCUCUUCAACCUGACCGCGGAGAGGCAGAAGAGGGGCCAGCAGUAUUCCUGA